CACAGUAAAUACCGCAAACCCUCGUCAUGGCUAAGAAUAACGCUUCCAACAACAACAGCCUCAGUCAACCUGAAUCAUCCGGGGUUCUGGUUUGGGAAAAUGACCCAUCUAAUGACUUCAUGUGAGAUGUUCUAUAUAAGUCAAGGGAGAAAACAGGCAUUUGCAGAGCUCACAGGCUGGAUUUAAUCAAAGGGAAACAACCUCGGAAGGGAUUACAGUGGACUGAGCACCGCAGUUAUGUCACAGCCAGCCCCCGUGAAAAAGAAGCGUCCUCCCAUGAAGGAAGAAGACCUCAAAGGAGCCAGAGGAAACCUUUCCAAAAACCAGGAAAUCAAAUCCAAAACCUACCAAGUGAUGAAGCAGUGUGAACAAAUGGGCUCUGCAGCACCUUCCAUAUUCAGCCGGGAUCGGACAGGGGGUGAAACAGUCUUUGAGAAACCGAAAGAAGCGCCAGCCAAGAGCGUCUUCGGCUGAUGGUGGAGCUGGAUGUUGUUGUUGUUGUGACCUGUCCCCACAUUUCUGCCCCUUACACUGAAGUCACUGCAGACCGAAGUAGCUAAUUCCUACUGUAAGUCAUUAAGUAGGGAAUAGACACGUGCCAAAGGCUGUAACUUCCAUAUCCAUUUUUAUUACAUGCUUUCUUUCUAUGUAUUAAGUGGUGUUUGCCAUAAUGGUUUAA